AUGAUGAAAGAAAGCAAGUUCGCUGAGGAGAGCAGGAAGAAACAGGAAGCAGCAUAUGAUGCCAAAAAUGAUGUUAUUCGCGCCAGUAAACAGUGUUUUGAGUCUGAGGGGGUGACAAACUCGCAAGCUGUAAGUGCGGAAGACAAAAUGAGAGAGCUUGAAAGUCUUAUACAUCGGGUCAAAGCUCUCUUUCCAAUACAAAGUUCUCCAACCACGUCAAAGGUACCAGGG